GUUCGACUUGGAGGGGCGGGGGAGUCACCUGCGAGCGGCUGCGCCGGCCGGCCGCCCGCCUGCCGCGUCUGGAUCGCGCCGGCUGAGCGGGGCCGCUGGCCGCACCGAGCCCGCGAGGUCAGGAAACGGGAACGGGCAGAGUCCGCGCCCGCCGUCAGCGACGCGGAGGAGUCGGUUCUUUGCCGCCGCUGCCUGCGCCCUGCGGGCUGAAGAGUUAGUUGGACUUGAGAUGACUUCACAAACCUAGCAGCCAGCCUGAUGGCUGCGGUGGCUGGUGCUGGGCCAGACUGAAGGCAGGAGCCUGGAACUCCAUCUGGGUCUCCCACGUGGGUGGCAGGGGCCCAGGUUCUUGGACCAUUUUCUGCUGAUUUCACAGGCUAUUAGCAGAAGAUGGUGGAUCGCUUGGCAAACAGUGAAGCAAAUACAAGGCGUAUAAGCAUAGUGGAAAACUGUUUUGGAGCUGCUGGUCAACCCUUAACUAUACCUGGACGAGUCCUUAUUGGAGAAGGAGUAUUGACUAAAUUGUGCAGAAAAAAGCCUAAAGCAAGGCAGUUUUUCCUAUUUAAUGAUAUUCUUGUAUAUGGAAAUAUUGUCAUUCAGAAGAAAAAAUAUAACAAACAACACAUUAUUCCCCUGGAAAAUGUCACUAUUGAUUCCAUCAAAGAUGAGGGGGACUUAAGGAAUGGGUGGCUUAUCAAAACACCAACUAAAUCAUUUGCGGUUUAUGCUGCCACUGCCACUGAGAAGUCAGAAUGGAUGAAUCAUAUAAAUAAAUGUGUUACUGAUUUGCUCUCCAAAAGUGGGAAGACACCCAGUAAUGAACAUGCUGCUGUUUGGGUUCCUGACUCUGAGGCAACUGUAUGUAUGCGUUGUCAGAAAGCAAAAUUCACACCUGUUAAUCGUCGUCACCAUUGCCGCAAGUGUGGUUUUGUUGUCUGUGGGCCCUGCUCUGAAAAGAGGUUUCUUCUUCCCAGCCAGUCCUCUAAGCCUGUGCGGAUUUGUGACUUCUGCUAUGGCCUGCUUUCUACUGGGGACAUGGCCACAUGCCAGCCUGCCAGCUCGGACUCUUACAGUCAGUCAUUGAAGUCUCCUUUAAAUGAUGUGUCUGAUGAUGAUGAUGAUGAUGAUAGCAGUGACUAAGGACACAUUUUGCAAUAUUUAAUCGGGUGUGGCUAUUUGGGAAAUCAGCUUUGUGGAAAAUGUAAAAUUCUGAGCUCUCUCAAUUUUGCUCUAGCCAUGAAUUUGCCUGAGAAACUUUGAACCUAUGUGCCUCAAUGUAUUCUAUAGAAAGUAAGUCCCUCCUGCCUUCUUCCCCUCCCACAGUCUUCUACAGGGAUAGACUUGCAAAUAUAGCAGACGUUUUGAAUUUCUUACUCUUGUUUAUUUCUAGAUUAUUUUCUUGAAAGGUUGGGAAAAGAUGCUUAUUUAACAGAUCAUGUAGUAUGUUUUUUUUUUCUGUUAUAUGGAAAAGCUAAAAGUACAGAAUGAUGGAGAAAAGAGUAUAAUGUGUUUAAUAAUAUUAGCUUUUUUCUAACCACUUUACCUAGUGGUUCAAACAUUGGUAACAAAAAUACAUGAUUUGGAAAUACUUCGGCGUUUUCGUAUACCCAGUCGUGCCUUAUCUUAAUAGCACUGUUACAUGAACAAUAAGCCCCUACUUUCUCACUUUUAGAUUUGUUUAAAAAACACACUGGUGCUCUUUGAGGUAAUAUAAUAAGUGUUUAUGAAUGAGUUCAGUUAAGAAUACUUCUCAUCUGACAGCUACAAAUAACAGUUUAGAAGUAUCUUCAUACUAAAUGAAUGUUUUUCUAUAAAGUAGUUGUGAUUAUACUUUUUUAUUUUAUAGAUACCAAAUUAUAAUUGUCAGAUAUAUACUUUCAAUUAAUAAUCGGUUGUCAUUCUUAGAUAUUUGGUUUAAAAUUUAUCCAUAAUACUGAAAUGGCCUAUUGCAUUAGCUUCUGCUUUUAGUAAGACAUUUUUAGGUAUGAGUUCAUCUGCUAACGUUAUUUCUAGAAUGAAAAAUCACAUAAAAUCCUUGAAAAUAAAUUUUUUUUUAAAAAUUCCAAGAUAUAAAGCACAGAUCUACUUAAGCUUGAAAAUCUAGAAGAAAUAAUGUGUAAAAAUGGGCAAGGCAGACCACUUUAACUAGACUUCUUAUCUGUGGGACUAUUACCUAUUUCAGUGUGAAACUAUCUUGAAUUUACAAAGGUAGUACUAUAUUUUAUAAAGUUUUGUAAAAUCUCAAGCAAUAUUUCUAUUUUUGUAAAACAGUUGUAUGUUUAAUUUGUUUAUGAAAUCAUUUUGCAACCUAUGGAAAUAGAGUAGCAAUUGAUAUUUCUAAAUUGUGAACUUUGAGUCAGUUUAGAUUGUUUUUAAUGAUAGUUUUUCCCUUUUUGCUUUUGAGGCAGCCAUUAGGUUGAAAGUCUAUUUAUCAUAUAAAACUUGAUGCGUUUUGCACUACUCUCUCCAUUUGUAUGCUGCAGAUAACUACAGUCUUUCAAAUGUGGAAAAUAAGCAGUCUAAAUUUGGUUUUGAAUUCUAAAUCUUUUAAAAAUCUGAAUAUAUUGCAAAUGUCAUGAGGUUGCAUUCAGUAACGAGGUGGAGGAUUCUUUGAUAUUUUACUAUUUGGUUAAGGCACUAAUUUUACUUUAUUUCUAAAUUUUGAAAGCAUCUCUGAUACACAUAUCUUUCUCUAGGAAAUGUGAAAGAAAAGUACAGCAGAACUAGGGUUGGUUUUGUUUUUGUUAAAUAUCAGAUGGACUUUUGUUUUUAAGCAAUAUAUACACAUAGUCAAUCUAAGAAGGACCAUGAAACCUGAGAAAAGCUGAUGGAGACUUGCUGGUACAUAGGAAGCUAGCAAAUUCAGGAGCCUUGGGGAUGUGUUCUGAGACAGUGUUUGCAUUGUCAACCUCCAUUCACUUUGUUUUUACAAUAAAAAUAUUUUAUAACUUACCUCUUAUUCUCUGUAUAUUGUGACUUGAAGAUUUUUCCCUUUUGCUAAGAUAAUAAAGAUACUAUGCAUAA